AUGCCUGCAAGCCCCACCAACGUUGACAGUGGAGUCAUGUCUUCCAUGACACAACAGCGAUCGUACGCUGCCUUUUUUGAAGACUUUGAUGAAGAUACCAACGACGUCAUCCCAGAGAGUAAGACAGUUGCCAACGUUGCCGCCAAACGAUCAUCACCAAAGUCUGAUAUUCGACCGUUGGUGACAAGCACUGACGGUGCGAGCGACUCCGGUUACUCGAGUCGGACCGCAGCUACUCUUGGCAGUGCCGAGUUACUUCCCAAUGGGAAGAAGAGUCCUAUUUUAGUCCGGUUGGAUACAGCUAUUGUCAAUCGGGAUCUCGAGCGAGUAAGAGGCCGUGUCUUCAACGAUAGAGACAAGAAACAAGCAAAAGGUAAGGUUGGAGAGAAGGAGAGGGAGAGGGUAGAGGAGAGGGUAGAGGAGAGGGAAAAGGAGAGGGAAAAGGAGAUGGCAAAGGAGAGUGCAAAGGAGAGAGAAAAGCAGGAAGACUCGAGGGAAUCCAGCUCUUCACCCUCCACCGCUGCGACAAUGCACCCAAGCCAGCAUAGAAGUUCCAGCAGACCAGCCCCCAAGCGGCCCUCGUCCAAGGCCAGAAAACGGGGGAUGUCUUAUGGACACUAUGCUCCCGACACAUGCCCUGGCUGUGAUCUGAUCGGUUACAGCACUGUGAAUAUGGGCCACCCUCCCAAUCAUCAUACCAUGGAUUACCCUCACUACAUGCAUGGUUAUGAUGUUCCUGCAUUCCCUCACCCAUACCACUACCCGCCGAUUGUUACUCAGGAGGCUGUAUCAUCUCGCCGCAACGGGUCGAACUCUUUCCACCAAAAUCGACCCAUCAGCUUCCACUCGGGGGCUAUGGGAGACAUGAGCAUGUAUAUGCAAAUGCCUCCCCCCCAAAGUUACGAACAUGGCCCACCCAUCUCAGCGUCUGCAUAUACACACUAUAUGCAGCCUUACAUUCCCGGUGGGUCUGUUAUACCCGUACAACAUUCUUCCCAGAUGCCAUAUGAUUCUGGGCCACAUCCUAUCUUCGAACGUCCUCGGGCAUCCUCCACCUCCCGUUCUCCUGAAAAACCACCGUCUGCCAGAAGGGGUUCAAUGUAUGGAACCCCAGUAGUAGAAUACCCUGCUUCCCCGUCACAUAAAAGUGACACGCUACAACGGAGACCUUCUGCACGGGAGGCUCGUGCACGUCGUCAGUCUCAAUCCUUCGACACCGCUGAAGACUUCUACCGCACGCCACAACCACCUGUCCCCAAAAACAAACCACCCCCACAGGUGAUAAUUCCCCCUCGUCCUCCCCCCUCAUUACCGCCCGACGUGCGGAGGCAUUCGGCCUCCAAAGCCCUCCGUGCCCUCCCUUCCCACACCACCAGGCCAGUCCGUAAAAAUGCCCGCGAGACCCCAUUCCCUCCACGCCCGCAACCCACCCAGCAUCCCAAGGAAAAAAACCCGCGUCUGCCCCGCCUUCCCUACAACGACAAUAGCCGCGUCAGUGCCCGACACGCAUCUCCGUCGAAAACAAGCCGCCGUCGCUGUUCUUCUGUCUAUGGUCUAGAGCAGCAAUCACAAGCUAAGGACAUCCUAGACCAGAGACAGCGCGAGGCGGAAGAAUAUCAAUCAUCCCGCUCCUCCCGCGCGAUGCCCGUAUCACUAGCCACACUUGUGAAAUCACGCCGCAGCAACCUCGCGGACAGUGAUAGUGGCAGCCUGCGCACGCCAACAGAUAGAAGUCGUGGCAGUGAUGCGAAGACCAAGAGCGGCCUGGGGGUUAGCACUACCACCAGCGCCAGCGCUAGUCGGCAAGAGGAUGAUGGUAUCACGGUGAUGUUUGGAGGGCUGACGAUCGGGUUGUCGAAGGACAGCAUGGAUGGACGGAUCAAUGUGCGUUCUGGCGAGGAGGGGGUGUUUGAGCUGAAUAUUGAGGGCCGCAGCAGGCCGAAGAGAUACCUUGUCUUGAAUCGGAAAUGCUGA